AUGUCGGCUGGCAAAGCGCAAUCGAUACCUGCGACACCGCUUGGCGACACUGGCCUUCCUUCAGAUGAGCGACGCGCCCAAGAGCUUGAUCAGUACUAUACACCUAGCAACAAGUCAGUCUUACGCCUGACCGAGCGAGACUCUGCACUGCCUGCACACAUGCAGCUCAUAUGCUGGCGUCUUGGUAUGCGAAGAGCACUCGUCAGCCUCAUCGACCGAGACACCCAGUACUAUGUCGCCGAAUCGACAAGGACGAUGGAUUUGCACGAUCCCUACAAGUUUGCGGACGAAGAUGACGGACCCUUGGCUCUCAACGAGAGUCAUCCCAAGACAGGUAUCCUGUGCGCUGAAACAAUUCGAGCUGUGGUCGGGGCUGCCAAACAACCUGCUUACUUCGAGAUUUGCGAUUUGGGCGCUGACCCUCGGUUUUCUAAACUCAACAUUGUGGAAGACCUCAAACUCGCCUACUACUGUAGUGUCCCUAUUCGUACAAGUAACCAGAUUGUCAUUGGGACUGUCUUCAUCUUGGACGACAAGGUUCGAGAGCCUAUCUCCCUUGAGCAUGUUUUCUUUCUAACAUCAAUGGCCGACAACGUCAUGGUCCACUUGGAGAAUCGUAAGCAACAUAUGGACGUGAUCCGUAUCAUGAAGAUGAACAAGUCUCUGGCAUCUUUCAUGGAUGCUCAUCAAGAUGAGAGAGCGCAAACGCCACCAGGAGAGCCUUGCAUCAAAGAACCCGACCCUACACAAUCGACCGAAUCUGUCAGUCGGUGUAGCAGCACUGGCAAAUCUUCCGAAGACGAGCUUCCGGAAGGCAAUGGCGGGAGAGAGUACAACGAGAUUUUCAGCCGUGCAUCCGCCUUGCUUCGGCAGUCUCUAUCCUUGCAAGAGCAUGGUGGUGGAGUGAUCUUCCUUGACACAGCAGCCAAGCAAUCAGGAAGGAGUAUGGCUGCACAUCGCCCAUCUAGACGUCAAAGCGGUCCAAAGCGUGACUCUUACAAACUCACGGCCAGUAACGGCCCACCUGCACGCACUCCCCCAGACGAGGGUGGAAAUGGUGACGAAUGUUGCAUACACGCUGCCAUUCUCGCUUGUAGCGUCUGUGUUGCGUCAUUUGGCAAGCCUGAUGAUACGUGCCCGCUGGACGAGACGACGCCUACCAAUAUACCUGUCAAGGCUCUCUUGAAGUUCAUCAGACGAGCGCCAGCUGGACAGAUUUAUCAUUUCCCAGAGCUCCGCGACCCCAGGACUAGUGAUCUAGUGAACCAUGCUGAUUCGCCACACCAAGGCAAUGUUGAAGAGACCGACAUCAGGAAAUUGUUCUCGCAUUUACCAGGAGCCUACGAAAUUAUUUUUGUGCCCUUAUGGAAUACGCAUCUCGGCCGGUGGUCCGUCUGCCUUGUAUAUACACUGUCAAGUGAACGGAACUUCACCUUCGAGAUCGACUACUUCUUCUGCCGAGCAUUCUGCAACUGCGUCAAGGCUGAAAUCGAUCGAUGCACCGUUGUGCUCUCUGAUCAUCAGAAAGGUGACUUCAUCGGAAGUGUCAGCCAUGAAUUGCGAUCUCCGCUUCACGGUAUCCUAGCAUCAUGCGAGCUCAUUCAAGAGACCGAGAUGUCUUCUUUCCAGACGUCUCUCAUCGACACCACGGAGAGCUGUGCACACACGCGUCUUGACACCAUUCAAAUGGUGCUCGACUUCAGCAAGGUGAAUGCUUUCACAAAAGAUCUAUCCGGAGAAAACCUUAACAUUCGGCCACACGUCGUCAAAGGUGGUGUUGAACCACUGCUUAGCACCUUUUCCCAUGUCAACCUUGCUGCUAUUGCAGAAGAGGUCAUUGAGGGUGUCACGACUGGCUUCCUUGCAAAGAGUGAUCCCAGUAUGGAGCUCGGAUUUGCUGGAGAGAGAUCAAAAAGGAACGCCAAAACGUUUGAGGAUUUGGUAGCCCUGCCUCAAUCACCUGUUGAAGUGAUACUUGACGUCAGUCCGCCACGGGACUGGACCUUUGUUACCCAGCCUGGAUCUUAUAGGCGUACAAUCAUGAACAUCUUCGGCAACAGUUUGAAAUAUACGGAACACGGCUUCAUCAAGGUGUCUCUUAAUUGCGAAGAGAUGAGCAUGAAGGAGUCAGAGCCCGCCAUGGCCAUGGUGGAGCUAAAAGUCGCAGACUCAGGCAAAGGCAUUUCUCAAGCUUACAUGGACACGAAGAUGUUCACAUCAUUCGCCCAGGAGAACCCUCUCGCUCCCGGAACGGGCCUUGGACUGUCUCUGGUGAGGUCGCUGGUCCAAAUGAUGAAUGGAGAGAUUUCAGUGCAAUCUGAAGUCAAUCAUGGUACGACUGUCACAGUCCGCAUACCAAUGAAACGUUCUGGGUCAGGAGAGCCCCGAGACGGAUUUCACAGGCCCAACGAAGACGACAUACAAGUCUUGCGCACAAUCCAACCUCGACCUCAGAUUGUGAAUUUUCAACAAGACGUACUGCCAGAUGAUACGCCUCAGAAAAGGGAGGGCUAUGAGAUGCAGAAGCACGCAUUGGCUGCCUGUAUCAAUGGUUGGUACAAAGUUGAAGAUCUCGACGACUGGGAUAUGAAGACCAAACCUGACAUUGUCUUGGUAGACGACGUUCAUCUCUUGGCCAUCACGGAGCACUUGCAACUUCUGGAAGAGUUUGACGCCGUGGUUAUGAUCCUCUGUUCCGAUCGCUCCAGAACCACAGCCAUCUCGAACAAUGUCAACUACCCCAAGCUACACGUCAUGCCAAAACCAUUCGGACCGUUCAAGCUUGCAAAGGCUCUAAAGCACGCGCUCGACAAACGUGGUCCUACCGAAAACUCAUCUUCCGUCCCCGCGUUAGUAGAGGAGAUAGGACCCAUUCCGGAACUCACACAGCUAAGCCCGACCUUACGACGAAGUCCGUCUCACUCACAAGAUUUGUCAAAGCGAAUGAGAAAGCCCUCGUUCGGUGGAGGCUUUCCUUUCCCAUCAGUGACGAUUACUUCAGCUCCUAAUUCACCUACACUGGAGUUUCAGUCACGAACUCCAUCUAUCCCAGGGAUCACGCCUCAGAUAGAAGUAUCCGGAACUCAUCACAGGCGCCUCAAGACUUUGGACGUGCCGCUGUCCGAACAGCAGCCUCUAAAGAGACACGAUGAGCUUGUAAGUAGCCGCAGCGAGGGCCAUAUAGACCGUGCCUAUUUCAAGACUAUCAAGCCAAGGAUCCUGCUAGUCGAUGGCAACGAAGUCAAUCUCAAGCUUUUGCAGACCUUCUUUGUCCGUCGCGACUUCAAGGAUUUAAGGUUGGCACGAGAUGGCAGUGACGCAGUCAAGGUAUGCGAAGAUGCACUGCUUCAUGAAACUCCAUUCCAGUUGAUCUUCAUGGACAUCAGCAUGCCAGUCAUGGAUGGUUUUGAGGCUGCGAAAGUUAUUCGACAGAGAGAAAUUGCAAAGGCAGCACAGCGAGUUGAUCAACCUAUCGAGACGUAUCAGAGCUUGAUCAUCGCUUUGACAGGUAACGCAAGUGCAGAAGACCAGUCCAAUGCCUUCACGCAUGGCAUGGACAUGUACAUGACGAAGCCAGUGUCUCUCAAGGAAGUGGGAGAAUUGAUGAAAGCUUGGGAGGAGAAGGCGGCAGUUUAUGGCGCAGAUGGUGCACGGUCAGCACUUCUCGAGAGCAAUUCCGCUGCGGGUGAAGGAUAA